CAAUACCAGAUUAAACGAAAACAAAACAACGCCACAAAAAGAGAGUCGCUCACUCUGAGGAUCAUGUGACCGUCCUCGCCCAAUGGGCUUGAGCCCUGGCUCUUUUUUCCUCGAGGGGAACAGUUGAAGCCGCCGCUGGGGUUUGGAGAGACCGACCGUGGUCCAACCACUCGACCACAAACCAGAGCUGUGACCAGACAGGAGACGGCUACAAUCCAAUCACCGCCGGAGAGAGGUGAGAGGAGGGAGAGAGAAAGAGCUAGAAACAGAUAAAGAAAGACAGUGAAAGAGAGAGAAGAGUAAAGGAGGAUAAGUGAGAAAGAGAGGAGGGAGAGUAAGGAGUGUGUGUGAAAGAGAGAGAGAGAGAGAGAGAGAGAGAGAGAGGAGAGAGGAGAGAGGAGAGAGAGAGAGAGAGAGAGAGAGAGGAGAGAGAGGAGAGAGAGAGAGAGAGAGAGAGAUUGGCUAGGUUGGAUUACAGCGUGUGACUCAGCCAGAGGUUAGUGAUCCUCUGAAACCACAAGGAGAGACUACCUCACCACCUCUCAUCCCAGGAUCAGGCCACCUCUGGAGGGAAUCAGUUUUGAAAUCCCCCCCCCCCACACACACAUCCAAAUCAAGAAGAAGAGGAAGGAGGAACGGACGAGAACAUCGGAGAACUGGACAUAGCAGAGGACCGUGUGUUCCAGAAGUGCGGUAGCGUUGCUAGGACGUUUACCGGGGGCGUUGCCAUGGCAUCAAACAGCAUCUUUGAAUCCAUGUCAUCCUACCAGCCAUGCUUCAUCAGGGACCCAGCACCUGGUCGGCGCUUCUCCCCCCCUUCCACCACCCUGUUGUCAGGUAAGAUGAGUGAGGGUCUGCCCCUGGGUGCCCAGGAGAGCAGUAGCGCUGCCCUGGUGGGAAAGCUGCGUAUUGCAGACCGAGGCAUGGUGGAGGUGCUGUCAGAACACCCUGGAGAACUGGUGAGGACAGACAGCCCCAACUUCAUCUGUUCUGUCCUACCCACACACUGGAGGUGCAACAAGACGCUGCCUAUCGCAUUCAAGGUGGUUGCCCUUGGUGAUAUCCCUGACGGUACCUUGGUCACGGUGAUGGCGGGGAACGAUGAGAACUACUCAGCAGAGCUCCGCAAUGCCACGGCCGCCCUCAAGAACCAGGUGGCUCGCUUCAACGACCUGCGCUUCGUAGGCCGCAGCGGACGAGGGAAGAGUUUCACUCUGACCAUCACGGUGUUCACCAACCCUCCCCAGGUGGCCACCUACCAGAGAGCUAUCAAGAUCACCGUGGACGGGCCCAGAGAACCACGCCGCCACAGACAGAAGUUGGAGGAUGUGAAGACGGGAGCAUUGGCCUUCUCCGAGCGUCUCAGUGAGCUGGAGCAGCUAAGGCGGAGCUCCAUGAGGGUCACGCCCCCUCACCAUCAUCACCACCACGCCCCCACUCCCAAUCCCCGGCCCGCCCUGAACCCGGCCCAGUUCAGCAACCCCACACACCACACACAGAUACCAGACUCUAGGCAGAUGCAGACAUCUCCGUCGUGGUCCUAUGAGCAGUCCUACCCCUACCUGGGUCAGAUAACCACGCCCACCGUCCACUCAACCACGCCCAUCUCACCCAGCCGCUCCUCCCUCAGUGACCUGUCCAGCCGCCUCUCAGGCCCUGACCUCACAGCCUUCAGCGACCCCCGUAUGUCCCUGGAUCGCCCGUUCUCCUCCCUGACCUCGCUCCCUGACAGCCGCUACCCUGACCCGCGCAUGCACUACCCUACUGGGGCCUUCACAUACACCCCUACCCCUGUAUCCAAUGGCGCCAUCGGACUGACCAUGGCAACCACUCCUGCUGGGCGUUACCACACCUACCUCCCCCCGCCCUACCCCACAAACGCCCCCCAGGGCCAAGGUGGACCGUUCCAGGCCGGUUCCUCUCCCUACCACCUGUAUUAUAGCACGGCCGCUGGGUCCUACCAAUUCUCCAUGAUGGCGGGGGGAGGCGGGGAGCGGUCUCCUCCGAGGAUAUUCCCUCCCUGCACCAACGCAUCCAUAGGCUCCUCCCUCCUGCACCCGUCUCUGCCAAAUCAGAGCGAAGGGGUGGGGGUGGAAGCGGAGGGAAGUCACAGUAGCUCCCCUACCAAUAUGGUACCCGAGGCCGUAUGGCGGCCAUACUGAGCACAGCAGCGGGGUUGAUAAAUGAUUGACGGACUUGCUGGCUAAUUGGAGUGGAGAAGGGGCUUUCACGGAGCGUUCCUAUUGGAUCAUUAGAAUGAUCAAGGAACAAAUUGAGGAAGGAACAGAAACAGGGUGCCAUUUUACACCGAGGAGCAUGCAGCAGCACUGAACUGAAAAUAAUUCAGCUUUGUUUUAUAAAAGGAUUGUUUGCCAUGGUUAUGAUUGUUGUUGGUAUUAUGAAUUACUCGUGGCCAAAAAUACAAUGGGUGAUUUUUAUGUGCCACAGGCACUCCCCUCCUAUCCCACCUUUCCUUGUACCUCCUCCCCCUCUCCUCCCUUAUCCCCCUCUCCCCUCGCUCAAAAUGGAGAGAGUGCUGUUAAUGUAAAUUAUGGUCAGCCAAGAUCUGUGUCUGUUCUGUCAUGUUUGUAUUGGUUUAUGGCCGUGAUAUUGUCUGCACUGAUCUACAAUCAGCACUGUUAGUCGAUUCACAAUGGUUAAGGGUAGGAAUUUACAGGGAAUGCUGUACCCAGUUCAGUGCUUAUGGACAUUGUACUGUCACACCAAACUGUAACAGGUCGUUUGCUUUAUGAUUCCUUAAUUUAUUCUCUUACAAUACCUUUUUGGUUGUACGGUGUGUGUGUGUGUGUGUGUGUGUGUGUGUGUGUGUGUGUGUGUGUGUGUGUGUGUGUGUGUGUGUGUG